AUGGCCCCCGUCAUAUGUGGCGACGUUCACAUGGAGAUGGCUGAGUAUGAUAAAGCUAUCAUCGAAAUCACUGAGAAAUGCUCCAUUUUGACAUCUGAGCCAUCUUCUCCCGUGGACAUGGAUACCAGGGGGAAGACAACACAGAUAGUCCAACCUCGGACAUCUCGCCCGACUUCUUCAAAUAACUCCAUGCAUCAUCACUCGCGGUCAAAUUCUCGCAGCACCGCACCGUCAAGACCAACAAGUCCCCAUAGCUCUUUCCGUUCAUCGAGAAAGCCCGCCAAUAUCGUACCAGUAUCUCUCCCUCGCCCCUCUCCGCAUGAGAGAAGAGAGUCGUUAUUAGCACUGCAUCGCGAAUCAUGCCGUCUGUUCAAUGAACCAGAGUCGUCGACUUGGCCCACAGAUGAUCUAAGUCUGACCAGAUCAGCACAUCGAACUGCAUCUACAUACAAGUCGCGGCGAGAUGGCCGCACCUCGUCAGAGACGGGAGCUUCAACUCCGCCAUCCCCCAUCUCACCACUACCUUUUCAUCGGCACUCUCUCAGUGCCACGCACGCAUCAAACAUGCAUCAAAUCAGGGAUCGAUCAAACACCGACCCAGGCAGUCAGGGCCACGUCCACAGCCCCUCGACUUCGUCAUCCAUUCACGUUCCGGCGACAGUGAUGGAAUGGACAUCCCCCUCAACCCGACGUCAGGAAUACGAAAAGAUCGACCGUGCUAGUCGCGGCGUCCGUGGUCUCUGGCGCCGUGUCGCACCUCGCUGGUGCCACCGGGAUUCGCGCAUCCCUUUCUUUGAAGAAGGAAAGACGAGUACGAGUCGAGAGGGCAGUGUUCGUCGAUUCAGAAUGGAUCUCCCUGAUUCUGUCCCGGAAGACAGAUCACAACACUUUCGCCCCUCCCGCCUCUCUCACCAUGAUUCAUGCUCUCGACGCCUCUGGAAAGGCCGUCGAUCCAAAACUUGCCUUUGA